AUGACACGUGUACACUAUGUGACCGCAAGUAGCACUAACCCGCCUAACGGCGGUUCUACGUGGCAUUUUCAGGUCCCCCUGCGGUUUGCGGGCGAGGCUGUCGAACUUCAGCUGUGGUUACUCGAGGGAAGCCAGACCAAGCUUGUCUCUAUUGUCAUAGAUUUCAAGAAGGAAGUUGUGACAGGGUUAUUUCGCGGCUUCACGCCACAGCCUCCGAAUAAUGCGAUGGGGCCGGCGCGGAUCUCGGCAUCCUCGCUUGGUCGAUUCCAGUCCGCUCUCCUGUGUUUGCUCAAGGGCUUAUUCCCUCGACUCUCAGAGCUGACGAUUUUUUGUCUUCCUGUGGGUCUAUGCAUAGAGCUUAACCGCAAUCAACUGAAGAUCAUUGGCAAAAAAUUGCUGAAGGGGCUUGCACAACUCAGAUACUUGCAGCUGGACGAGAAUCAGAUAACAUGCAUCGACGAGCAGGCGUUCAAGGGUCUCAGUCUGCUGGAGAUUCUGACUCUGACGAACAACAACAUCACGACCGUGUGGCGUGGCACCUUCGAGACGACGCCGCGCCUGCGCGCGCUCAGGAUCUCGGGCAACAAGUUGAUCUGCGACUGCCACCUGGCUUGGCUGGGCCGCAUGCUGGCCGCGGCGCCGCACCUCGCCCCCUACGUGCGCUGCUCCUCGCCCUAUCGCCUCAAGGACCGCCUCGUCACGGAGGUGCUCGACCAAGAGUUCAAGUGCACCGGUAAGUGCCAAAUUCCGGUCCGGCUGCUCGAUACUACUCUGUUCUGACUGUAUUUUUUAUCUGUAUUUCAUCAUU